CUUUACUGCAAAGUUCUCUCGUCGCCUUUAACGCAUUUUGCCGCAAAUUUCGCUCUUGGAAUCCCCGCUGCUAGAUCAACAGCCCCUCAACCAACGCUCUCCUCCCAAGAGCAAGCACAUUUUGGGAGGGCAGGCUGGGCGAUGGCGUUUCCGGCCCCCGCCUCAAAUCCUUUCCUCCCUUCCAUGUUAGGCCCCAUCAACGUCCACGGCCUCACGCUUUUACACCAAGCUCCGGAUCCAAAGAUCGAUAUUGUCUUCGUCCAUGGAUUCACUGGCGACCCCAAGAACACAUGGACCUGGAGGAGAGCCAAACAUGGCUCAGCCGACCAGAAGAGAAAGCGCGACCCAGGGGAAGAGUCAUCCAUGGCCCGACGCUUUAAGAUGCUCAAGCUUCCCCUUCGUCAGAGCCAGCAAGAUACAUCGCCAGGUGCUACCUCCUCGACCUCUUGCCCCGAACGAGCCUCCACAGCGCACACAGCGACCAGCAGUAUCACUGAGCCAGGAUGGGCAGAGGAAGUGUACUGGCCAGCAGAGCUUGCACCCCGGACCAUCCCCGACUCUCGAAUAUUCACCUACGGCUACGACACCAAAAUCCGCCACUUAUCCCAGGGCCCGAUCAGUCAGAAAACAGUCUACGACCAUGCAUCAGACCUACUGCAUCGCAUUGAACAGCACCGUCGCGGUACUGGAGAGGCAUCUCGCCCGCUUCUCUUCGUGGCCCACAGUCUUGGCGGAAUCAUUGUCAAGGAGGCCCUGCUUAAAUCCCAUCGAUCCUCAACAGGGCAACCCCACCUACAUAACAUCGUUCAAGCAACUACUGGCCUCAUAUUCUUCGGAACACCCCACAGAGGUGCAGAUCCAAGAUCCUUGCUUCGCCAAGUAGUGAAGGCAUCGGGUCAGUUCGUUGGCUUUAAAUCCAAUCAACAAAUUGUGGAUGUCCUUAUGCCCAAUUCACAGCCGCUCCUGAACCUGAGCAACGAGUUUGGCAACCUUGUCAACGAGAAAAGAUGGACGGUGUACUCAUUCCAGGAAGAGUAUGGUGUUGGGCUGCUGCUGGGAACCAAGGUCGUAGAAGACCACUCGUCCUGUCUCAGCGUCCCUACCGAGACCAAGCAGCAUAUUGGGAGCAACCACAUGGAUAUGUGCCGCUUUUCCGGGCUUCAGGAUCCCGAAUACCUUACGGUAGCCGCGGCCAUGACAUUCAUUGUCAGUGCAACCGGAGCUUUCCCGCACGCGAUGUCCAACGCAUGCCAUGUUCAGAUUCCGGGCUUUGCGCAGUCCUAUGACGCAUCAAUAUCCGGCGAGGACUUCCUGUCAGGAGCUCCCAGGGCCGGCGAGCAGAACCAAGGUGGACUUUUGCCGCCCCAGUCUCGCGAUUACAGGGGUGAUACUUCCCACACUAGGGUUCUCCCAGUCGACAACCAACAUCAGGACGACUCCUUAUGGCUAGAUCCCUGCAGUGGCAUGUACGAGGGCUCAGCCGGAGGGGGCAUCGAUACCGCCACCAAAGAAUCACUAGUCGAGCGGCUCUUCUUCACUAAAAUCGAUGACCGCCUGACAAAUCUGACCCCAGCCCAAGGAAAAACGUGUCGCUGGUUCCUCGCCAAGCCGGAAUAUCAAACCUGGCGUAACCUGGCCAAUCCCUCGGACGAUAGCGGCUUCCUCUGGAUUAAAGGAAACCCUGGCACUGGCAAGUCCACCCUUAUGAAGCUUCUUUUUGAGGAGGCUAGGAAGGAAGCGAAAACGGACACCCUGCGUAUCACGCUUUCAUUCUUCUUCCUUGCACGCGGGGUUAUCGAGGAAAAGUCCACUGCUGGCUUAUACCGAUCGCUUCUCCAUCAACUUCUCGAAAAGGCCGUGGACCUGAAAGGAAGUUUCGAGUGGAUGACAACCGCUGGAGCAAGAGGCAUCUUAGAGAACGGAUGGAGCGAGGCCGCCCUGAAGCAGACGCUGAAGGAGUCUGUCUCGAAACUCGGGGGUCGGUUUUUAACGAUAUUCGUCGAUGCGCUGGACGAGUGCGACCAGGCCCAGGUGACUGACAUGGUUUGCUUCUUCGAGGAGCUGUGCGGGUACGCCAUCGAGAUAGCAGCCAGCCUCCGCAUCUGCUUCUCCAGCCGGCACUAUCCCGUCCCCGCUAUUCACCAAUGCGCUGAGCUCAUUUUGGAGGCCGAAGGCGGACACACAGACGACAUCGAGCAAUUUAUCAAAUCCAGAUUGAGGUUGGGCAAACUAGGCAAGACCGCCAGGGCAGCGCCACUCCGAGCCGAAAUUCGAGACAAAUCAUCGGGCAUCUUCCUCUGGGUCGUCCUGGUUGUCGACAUCCUUAACCAGGAAUAUGCCAACGGCGCCGCCAUCAACAAUCUCCGCAAGCGUCUCCAAGAAAUACCACCUGGGCUCCACGAGCUGUUCGAAAUGAUUCUUGCGCGGGAUGGCAAAAAUCUCGACCAGCUGCACCUUUGUCUCCAAUGGGUCCUUUUCGCUGCCCGUCCCUUAAAGCCACCUGAGCUGUACUUUGCCAUCCAGUUUGGUCUCGACAGAGACAGCACUGGUCACUGGGACCGCGAGGACAUCGAAGGGGACCAAAUUAAGGAGUUCGUCAGGUCGUCAUCCAAAGGCUUGGCCGAGGUCACACGCACCAAGUCCUCCAGCGUCCAGUUCAUUCACGAAUCUGUCCGGGACUUUUUGCUGGGCCGAUACGGAGAGCAGUGGUCCGGGCAUUCAGGGAACUUUGAAGGGCACAGCCACGAAGUACUUAAGGACUGCUGUUUGUCCCAAUUGAACGCCCCGAUCUCCCACAUAGUCGAUGUCCCAGAUACCCCGCCUCAGGACGCGGAAGCAGCAAAGUCGACCAGGGAGGCCUUGCAGCACAACUUCCCGUUCCUCGAGUACGCAGUUCUCAACACCCUCCACCAUGCCAACAGCGCUCAGCAGCACGGCAAAGAUCAGGAAACGUACAUAAAAGACUUCCCACUGCCACGCUGGGUUGUCCUCAACAACGUUCUCGAAAGGCACACUGUUCGGCGGUACACCGCAUCUGUCAGCCUUUGCUACCUCCUUGCUGAAAGGAAUCUGCCACACCUGGUCUACUCCUAUCCUGAUCCGACAGUCUUCUUUACGGUUGAACAAGAACGCUACGGCCCGCCAAUAUUUGCUGCAUUGGCUAUGGAAAAUGACGAUACAAUCCAGGCCAUUUUGCAAAGCUUCCAAAUGCAGAUCCAGCACCCACAUCCAUCACCUAACGACCUUGUAGCACUAUAUAACCAGAACAAAGGUGAAAAGUUUUCCUUUGGUCGUGGUUUUACCUUUUCACGAAAACGAGGCAUCCUGUCAUACUUGGACAGUAAAAGCGAAGCAAUAAUUUUGGCUUAUAUUCUUUUGGGCCAGGUCGACAUGGAUUUGAAAGAUGGGAGCGGGCGGAUGCCGCUGUCAAGGGCAGCGGAGGGCGGUCACGAGGCCGUGGUCAAGCUGCUGCUCGGCACAGGCAAGGUCGACAUCGACAACAAGGACGGGUACGGGCGGACGCCGCUGUCGUAUGCCGCGGAAAAAGGGCACGAUACCGUGGUCAAGCUGCUGCUUGGCACAAGCAAGGUCGGCGUCGACAGCAAGGGCAAUACUUACGGGGAAACGCCGCUGUCAUGGGCCGCGGAGAAGGGGCACGAGGCCGUGGUUAAGCUGCUGCUUGGCACAGGCAAAGUCGACGUCGAUAGCAGGGACAACCACGGGCAGACGCCGCUGUCAAGGGCCGCGGGGGGCGGGCACGAGGCCGUGGUUAAGCUGCUGCUUGGCACAGGCAAAGUCGACGUCGAUAGCAGGGACGGGUACGGGCAGACGCCGCUGUUAAGGGCCGCGGGGGGCGGGCACGAGGCCGUGGUUAAGCUGCUGCUCGGCACAAGCAAGGUCGACGUCGACAGCAAGGACAACCACGGGCAGACGCCGCUGUCAAGGGCCGCGGGGGGCGGGCACGAGGCCGUGGUUAAGCUGCUGCUCGGCACAGGCAAGGUCGACGUCGACAGCAGGGACAACCACGGGCAGACGCCGCUGUCAAGGGCCGCGUGGGGGCGGGCACGAGGCCGUGGUUAA